AUGGAAGAUUUUAAAGAUGGAUUACCGAAAAACUUCUUAAAUUCGUUGAGAGUACUCUACGAUAUUCUGGAUGAAGACAAGAACGGUUAUGUUCACUUACGAGAUAUUGAAACACGAUGGAAUGAUAGAGGUGUGAACGGUUUACCACCCGGUGUAUUACAUGCUCUCAAAAACGUUGCUCCUGCAAACGGAUUCUUAACCUUUGACCUCUUUGUAUCAGGUUUGAAGCUAGCGUUAGUUUCCAAUGCUAAACAGAAGCUAAGAUCUGCAACACAAACCCAAGAGAGUAGUAUACAGAAGGAUAUUCGUCAGCCAGUGUACUCCAAACCUAGAGUUCCGGUCACUGCGGCCAUUAAACCAAAUAACGUAUUAGAAAGACCAGUUUCAGCAGUAUCCAGGAGCAAAAGUUUUCAUCAAACCAACCCAACCACCAGAACAACGAGCCAUUAUGGUUCCAACACCCUCCGUGAGCCACUGAAAUCAUGGCAUAAACAACAAGAUUUGACUAAAUCUGAACCGAUUUAUGUCAACGUCAACCAUUCUCACAGAAAACAAAGCAUCAACUGUCAAAGAACAUCACCGAAAGAAUCCACGAGACGUCAUACGUUGACAACUGGUAUCGACUUAGAUCAAGCGCUCAAUAUUCGAUUGAAGCAGCUUAGCGAAGAGAAAACAAUCUUAUUGCAGGGACAACAUGUCGUGGACGAAACAAAAGACUGGUAUAAAAAGAAAUUGGAACAAGUUAACGUGAAGGAGAAGUAUGCCCGUCAUUAUCUUUUCAACAGCAACUCCUUGGUGUCACAUAGAGAGCAGAUGAAUUACCAGAGAACGCGAAUACAGGGGGUGAACCGCCAUCUUAAAAAUCUUAUUGAUGAUAACAGCAAGGGGUUCCCCAAUCAUAUAAAUGUAUCCUUCAGAGAGGCACCCCCAUCCAAUCAGCAGCUGACAAGACAAAAUCAUAUCCUAGCUAAAGAAAAUAAAGACAAAGACUCUAAAAUAACCCAGCUUGAAAGUGAAAAAAGAAAAUUAAUACGUGAAUUGUUUGAAAGAAAAUCUGAAGGUGAAUUUGGUGAUGGAGAUGUUACAUUUGUAUAA